UAGUCAAGAUCAAGUCGUAGUCAACCAUCAUCAUCAUCAUCAGCUUCCUGGACGCCGCCGCUUUGUUUACACGCAAGAUGGCGAAGACUUACGGAGACAAGCCCGUUAGCUUCCAAUUGGAGGAGAAUGGCGAGUACUGGUGCAUUGGAUCUGAGGUGGGGAACUACCUCAGAUUGUUCCGCGGGUCGCUGUACAAGAAGUUCCCCGGCAUGUACCGUCGCUCCAUCACCAAUGAUGAGCGCAAAAAACUGAUGGAGCUUGGCCUGACCCAACACGUCCUGGCCUCCAAUAUCUCGCUGCUACGUGCUUCGGAGGUGGAGGACAUCAUCGAGGGGAAUGAGGACAAGUACAAGGCCGUGUCAGUCAGGCAGCAGCAGGACCCCGAAGCUGCUGCCGCCAGGGCAGAGAGGCAGGUGAAGAAGCCGGCCGCUCCCUGGGUGCCCACCAUCUCCAAUUCUUCCCACCUGGACGCCGUACCGCAGGCCACACCCAUCAACCGCAACCGCAUCAUCUCCAAGAAGAUACGCACCUUCCCCAUGUGCUACGAUGACCUUGACCCAGCACAGAUCCACGAGAACUCCUGCCAGAAAGAGGAAUUGGUGCCCAUCAGACUGGACAUGGAGAUUGAGGGACAGAAACUCAGGGACACCUUCACCUGGAAUAAGAAUGAGAUGCAGAUAAGUCCAGAGCAAUUUGCCGAGCUGCUGUGUGACGACCUGGACCUGAACCCCUUGAUGUUUGUGCCAGCCAUCUCCACCUCCAUCAAGCAGCAGAUGGAACAGUUCCCCUCACAGACCAUCAUCUCAGACCACUCCGACACCAGGAUAGUCAUCAAGCUAAACAUCCACGUGGGGAACAUCUCACUCAACGACCAAUUUGAGUGGGACAUGUCUGAGCCGGAGAACUCCCCUGAGGAUUUCGCUUCAAAACUUUGCUCCGAGCUGGGCCUUGGCGGGGAGUUUGUCACCGCCAUCGCUUACUCUGUGCGGGGGCAACUGUUCUGGCACCAGCGCACUUAUGCCUUCAGCGAAUCACCCCUGCCUUGUGUGGAGGUUCCAUUUCGGUCCCAGAGUGAGGCGGAACAGUGGUCACUCCUGGAGACACUCACUGACGCAGAGAUGGAGAAGAAGAUCAGGGACCAGGACAGGAACACCAGACGAAUGAGGCGCCUUGCAAACACAACACCUGGCUGGUAACAAGGGAACUGCAGAUCUGUGUAUGGAAAUUAUCUGUAUGAUUUAGCAAGGCACUGAGUGAGGGAGCAACACACACACACACACACACACACACACACACACACACACACACACACACACCACAAUACAAAAUACAAUAACAAUUAAGACAAAAUAAGUACCAUUUUUAACGUUAAGACAUAAAAUAAUGAUAAUGAUACCAAUAAAACUGAUAAUUUGAA